CGCCCUCCUCUUCUCUCCCUCCGCCCCCAAUCGCUUCAUCUCCUCCUUCGGGUAUUUCUCGCCGGAGGUGGCCGACACCGACAUCUGGAGCGCGCGCCGGGUCGUGGAUUGGAGGCCGUGCGUUUGGUGGAAGAAUGCUUCCUUACCUGGUCUGAUCCAUCAUUAGGGUUAGGGUUAGGUUUUGAUUUGUUGUUUUUGAAGAAAAUAAUAGAAUAUAAAAGAAUAAUUAUUGAAGAAGAGAAAAAGUUUUAUUGAAGAGAUGAAAAUGCUUAAAUACAUUAACAUGUUCCCUCUCCUAUUUAUACAAAUUAGGAGAAAUGAUUUUCCUCAACAGAAUAGAGGGUUUUUCUCAACAGAAUAGAGAGAUUUCCUCAUAUAGUUGGGGAAAUCUUAUCUUCUAUCAUGCCCCCGCAAGAUGGUGUUCCGGAUAAGGAUACCAAUCUUGGAUCGAUGCAAAGAAUAGUUUACAAGUGAGAGACUUCGUGAAUAGGGCAAGAGCAGAUCGUUGCUACUGUUGCGAUUGCUGUUGCUGUGAGGGCACAGAUGUUUCCUUCGUUCUUCUUAAGUUUGCCCUUCGUUCUUCUUAAGUCCAUCGACUGUUGGCAGAUCAGCGAAGGCAGCGAAGGCUACCGCGGUGAGGAAGAUGAGGAUUGGCCGUGGAGUCUCUUAGGAAUGUGGCUGCAACGACGCUGGUCGCUGGUCGAAGACAAGGGCGAAGCUUCGCUUUUCUCAACGACGUUGGUCGCUGGCCAAAGGUAAGAGUGAAACUUCGUUUUUCUUACUGCUCUGAUACCAUGAAGAAAAUAAUAGAAGAUAAGAACAAUUAUUGAAGAAGCUUUAUUGAAGAAGAGAAGAAACUUUAUUGAAGAAAUGAAAAUGUUUCAAUACAUUAACAUGUUCCCUCUCCUAUUUAUACAAAUUAGGAGAAAAGAUUUCCCUCAACAGAAUAGAGGAUUUUUCUCAACAGAAUAGAGAGAUUUCCUCAUAAAGUUGGGAAAAUCUUAUCUUCUAUCAUGCCCCCGCAAGAUGGUGCUUCUGAUAAGGAUACCAAUCUUGGAUCGAUGCAAAAAAUGGUUUACAAGCGAGAGACUUUGUGAGUAGGGCAAGAGCAUAUCGCUGCUACUGUUGCGAUUGCUGUUGCUGUGAGGGCACAGACGUUCCCUUCGUUCUCCUUAAGUCCGCCCUUCGUUCUCCUUAAGUCCACCGACUGUUGGCAGAUCAGCGAAGGCAGCGAAGGCUACCGCGGUGAGGAAGAUGAGGAUUGGCCGUGGAGCCUCUUAGGAAUGUGGCUGCAGCGGCGUUGGUCGCUGACCGAAGACAAGGGCGAAGCUUCGCUUUUCUCAACGACGUUGGUCGCUGGCCAAAGCUCUGCCCGCGAAGACCAACGGUUAUAUCCGGGUGGAUUGCUACGGCGGCCUCAAUCAGAUGAGACGAGAUUUCUGUGAUGGCAUUGGGAUAGCUCGGAUCCUAAAUGCGACUCUAGUCUUGCCCAAGUUUGAGGUGGCGGCUUACUGGAAUGAGUCGAGUGGCUUCGCCGAUGUGUUUGAUGUAGACUACUUUAUUCAACAAACGCAAGGUUUCGUGGAAGUUGUGAAAGAGUUGCCAGAGGAAAUCACAUCGAGAGAACCCUUUAGGGUGGACUGCAGCAAACGCAAAGGCCAAUUUGAUUAUGUUGAAGGAGUGCUCCCUGCUCUGCUGGAACAUCGCUAUAUAUCUCUAACGCCAGCUAUGAGCCAGAGAAGAGAUAGGUAUCCAGUAUAUGCUAAGGCUGCUCUUUGUCAAGGGUGUUACAAUGCGCUGCGCCUUAACAAGGCCUUGGAGGCUAAAGGUUCCGAGCUCUUCAAGGCAAUACCAAAACCCUUCCUCACCUUACACCUCAGAUUUGAACCAGACAUGGUGGCCUACAGUAAAUGUGACUACCCUGGACUCUCUUCCACGUCCUUGGCUGCUAUCGAAGCAGCACGAGGGGAUAGAAAAUCAUGGACCGGUGAUGCUGCACGCAGUUGGAGGAAUCGUGGGAAAUGCCCUCUGACUCCAAAAGAAACAGCAUUUAUCCUCCAAUCUCUUAAAAUCCCUACAAACACAACAAUCUAUUUGGCAGCUGGAGAUGGUCUCCUCGAGAUGGAAGGCUUCACAUCAGUUUACACCAAUGUCUACACUAAAUCUUCCCUCUUAAACAGCAAAGAUUUUAAUCUCAUGCACGGCAACACGAAAGCUGCCCUGGAUUACUAUGUUUCGAUCAACAGCAACGCAUACAUUGCAACUUAUUUUGGAAACAUGGACAAGAUGGUAUCGGCAAUGAGAGCAGCGAAUGUACAUUACAGAACAUUGGCUUUGAGCAGGAGGGCUUUUGCAAAUCUUACAGCACUUGGGCUGGAAGGGGUGGAGUUGGCUGAUGCUUUGUGGAAGUCUCACAGAGAAGAUUUUGUCACGGGGAGGGGCACUGCUUUGCCUGAUUGUUUUUGUGAAUCUACUUUGUGAUACUUUUCACUCAUGUGCUUAUGAUAUUUGGAUCUGUAAUUUUAACAAGUUCUUUUUCUUAUAUUUAGGACAAGAGAACAUUUCAAGGCAAGUGUUUUUUGUUCGUCAUGGCCAGGUAUCAAAAUGUUAAACAACACUCAAGAAAACAGCUAUUAUACUGAGGUAUUCCUGUCA